AUGGAGACAGAAUUAAAGUUUGACGCAAUUGGAGUUUUGGACUUCGACCACUGGACCGACGCCAAAAAGUUUUCCUAUUCUCCACCGCUGUUGGGAGCGGAGGACAUUGAAUUGAAGGUUGAAGCUUGUGGUGUGUGUGGAUCAGAUAUCCAUGCUGCUAAUGGCGAUUGGGGUCGCGCGUACACGCCUCUAGCUGUGGGCCAUGAAAUUAUAGGUAAAGUCACCGCCCUCGGUGACAAUGUAGACAAAACAAAGUUUCAUUUGGGUGAUAGAGUUGGGGUAGGAGCUCAAAUUAACUCGUGUGGCGAUUGCGUGAGAUGCUCAAGAGGUCGCCAACAAAAUUGCAAGGACUCUACAGGUACAUACCUGAGCGUUGACAAAAAAAAUGGUUUUGAGACACAAGGUGGUUACGCCUCGCGCAUAAGAGCCAAUUCUGGUUUUGUCUUCAGAAUUCCAGACGGACUAGAUUCCAACAUCGUAGCUCCUUUGAUGUGUGGAGGCAUUACAGGCUUCAAACCCUUGCUAACAGGCGGUGUGAAGGAGGGAAGCAAGGUUGGAGUGGUUGGAGUUGGAGGCAUUGGGCACAUGACGAUUCUGUUUGCCAAGGCCCUGGGUGCUGAAGUGACAGCGAUUUCGAGAUCUGACCGUAAGAAAGAGGACGCCGAGAAGUUGGGUGCUGACCACUUUGUGGCUACUGCAGACAAAGAAUCCUUGAAAAGCCACGCCGAAACGCUUGAUCUGAUUGUCAUGACAGCUUCAUCGUUCUCUGAAAGCGACAUUGACCAAACCUUAUCCUUGCUAGUGGCAGGUGGCCGUGCGAUUUUUAUCACAGCACCACCUUCGAACGAAAAACUCACGCUCACCCCCUUCAACAUGCUUCUCAAUGAAUACCACAUUGGGGGAUCAGCAAUCGGCUCGCCUCAGGAUAUCGAAUACAUGUUGAAGCUUGCAGCCGAGAAGCAAAUUAAGCCUUGGGUACAGACGGUUGAUAUCAAUGAGGAGAACGUGUCUGACGUGUGGAAAAAGAUGGUAAAGGGCGAUGUCAGAUACCGUUACGUCUUAACAGGCUAUGAUAAAUAUUUCAAAUAG